AUGGAGCAGCUGAGCAUGAUGCUGCUCUCCAAAAUGGUGGAGGCGGCUGAGCUCCCCGCCGGGCGACGCAGCCUUACGAGUCCCCGGCUUUUGUUGCAGCACCUUCGCAGCGCAGCCUGGUGCCCGCUUAUUAAAAUUCCCAAAGUUGAUCAGCCAAAUGAAGUGCAUACAUUUAACUUCUACUUGUCAAAUGUUGGCAAAGAUAAUCCUCAGGGAAGCUUUGACUGUGUCCAGCAAACGGACUCAAGUUCUGGAGCCUCGCAGCUCAGUUGCCUGGGAUGUAUACAGAAUAAAAUUACAGUAUGUGCAACAAGUGAUUCCUAUCUGACGACCAGAGAGCGCAUGACCCAGGCAGAAGAGGAGUCGCGCAAUCGAAGUGCAAAGGUUAUUAAACCUGGUGGACCAUUUUUAGGUCUCCCAUGUCUUGUCAGAAGAGCACCACAAAGCAUUCCAGAUGCUGUGCCCAAGAGGAAGAGGUCAACACCCAUGAACCCUGCAAACACAAUACGGAGGACUCACACACACAAUACUGUUUCUCAGCGACCGUACAGGGACAGGGUGAUUCACUUACUGGCACUGAAGAGUUACAAGAAACCAGAGUUACUUGCUCGCUUGCAGAGGGAUGGUGUCAACCAAAAGGACAAGAAUUCCCUUGGAACUAUUCUUCAGCAGGUAGCCAACCUGAAUCCAAAGGAUAAUUCUUACACUCUGAAGGAUUAUGUAUUUAAAGAAAUUCAAAAAGAUUGGCCUGGAUACAAUGAAAUAGAUAAACAGUCAUUGGAGUUAAUACUUUCUAGAAAAUUAAAUCCAUCUCAGAAUGCCACCAGCACCAGCCAUUUGGAAUCUCCUGUAACUUGUAAUAAAGAUGCUCCAUCGACUUCUCAGAAACGGCUUUUGAAUUCUGAUUUUAUUGAUCCUCUGAUGAACAAAAAGCAGAGGAUAUCUCACCUGACCAGUCGAGUCCAGUCAUCGUUCAGUGGCCACUUGCCUGCCUCCAGUGAGAAAGCCACUGCCGCCCCUCCGCCGCCUCCCCCCCCUGCAGCCGCUGCUACUCCUGCUCCUCUGCCUCCCACACUCCUUCCCACUUCCAAUCCUCCUCAAACUGCCAGCUCCAGCUCCCCCAGCACCCCUGAGGGGCAGGGGACACAAGACUUGCCGCUGGACAGCUUCAGUCAAAAUAGCAGUAGCAUCUAUGAGGACCAGCAACAAAAAUAUACCUCUCAGACUCCUUUGGGAAUCCCAGUGCCUGUCGCGGUGCAGGGGGAGCCUCCCAAGUCUGCAGGCGAGAAGCACGCGGUGUUGCACCAAAAGCCCAAGAAGGUAAAAGAGCUUAAGGAGAAGGAUGAAAGCAAAAUGCAGGACACUAUGAAUGCGAGCGAGGAGGAGAAAGAUCUUAGAAGAGAAGAAACUGCCAAGCUGAAAAAAUCCUCCCAUUUGGAUUCAGGUGAAGGAGUUAAAGAAACUUGCACUGCCUCCACAGAUCCUCCUUCAUCAACAAGUGAACAACCAGACUACUUCAUAAAAUACAUAGCUAUAGUCUCAUACGAGCAACGCCAGAGUUACAAGGAUGACUUCAAUGCAGAGUAUGAUGAGUACAGGAACUUGCACGCUCGGAUAGAGAGUGUCACCAGGAGAUUCAUGAAGCUUGAUGCGCAACGGAAGCUUCUUUCUCCAGGGUCCAAAGAAUAUCAGAUCCUUCAUGAGGAAGUCUUAGAAGAGUAUCGAAAGAUAAAACAGUCUAGCCCCAACUACUAUGAAGAGAAAUACAGAUGCGAGUAUCUCCACAACAAGCUGUCUCAUAUUAAGAGACUAAUAGGGGAAUUUGACCAACGGCAAGCAGAGUCAUGGCACUAGUCUUCUGCUUCGACCAGGACAUGUGAAUGAACUGAAGCUUAUUUAUUUAAAACCUAAGAUUAGUUGCUCGAAGAUUCUAAAAAUUAUCAAACUUCUGCAUUACAGACAUUUCAGUAUUAGCAGACUUAACUACUUUUGUUGUUGUUGAUGUUGCUUAUAUGCAUAUUUGAAGCUGCUUUUUCCGGUCCCUUCUUUUCUUCAAGACUUAUGUUUGUCCAUUGAAAUAAUUUUAUCAGUAGAUGCUGGGGACCCAGUACCUUUACUAUGAAGUUGUGCACAUUUUAAGAAAAUAUUGUAUCAAAUUGAAAUGCUUUUGGAUAAAUAUAAGGCUGUUUUCUGACCUUUCUUGUUAAUGCAAACUCUUUGCCUUAAAUGGUAGAAAGUUUAGAAAUUUGCACAAAAUAAAAAAAAAAAAACCACCACAUUGUUUUGGAGGGUUA